AACGGAAAAGGUUUUGAUGUUCUUCCGGCUGAAUUCAUGAGUUAGACUUUCGGUAUUUUAUAAAGGCACACAACUCUGUCUUACAACUGUACUUUAUCUGACCAGUGAACUCGGUUUGUUGCGUGACAAUUGUCCUUCUUAAAUACCGGUAUUAAAGUUAAUAUCAGCUGAACUGGACUUGAACCGUCCUUCCCCGGUUCGCUUUAACUACGUUAGCUAAGCUAGCUCCUCCAUGGCGCCUCUCCGGGUCCUGUGCGUCCACGGCUACCGUCAGAACAGCAGCUCCUUCCGCGAAAAGACGGGAGCUCUGCGGAAGCUGUUGAAGAAGCAAGUGGAGCUCGUUUACCUGAGCGCACCGCACUGUGUGCGGCAAGCCAGCAGUGAAGCUCCGAAAGAAGAGAACAAGGGACCUGGAGCCGACGAAGACUCGAGGGGUUGGUGGUUUUCUGAUGUCCAGGCUCUGAGUUUUAGUGCUCAGCAGCAGUGUGAGGAAAGCCUAGGGCUCGACGACAGCGUGAUGGCUGUGAGAGAAGCUGUGAAGAACCAAGGUCCAUUUGAUGGCAUACUGGGCUUUAGUCAGGGAGCAGCUUUUGUGGCCAUGUUGUGCUGUCUGCAGGAGCAAAAACUGGAGCCAGAGUUCAACUUCCGCUUUUCCAUCAUUGUCGCUGGUUUCCGCAGCGCAUGUGAGGAACACAAACAUUUUUACAACCUUCCGCUCCAGAUCCCCUCCCUGCAUGUGUUUGGACUGGAGGACCGAGUCAUCCCCGACAACAUGAGCAGGGAGCUCCUCCUUUCCUUCCAAGACCCUCAGGUCUUGACACAUCCUGGUGGCCAUUUUGUCCCUGCUGCAUCUGCUCACAGACAAGCCUACCAGGACUUUCUCAAGAGGUUCCAGUGAGAAUCGAAAGUUUCAGAAACUCGGUCAGGUGCCAAAUAAGUGAAGAGCCACGAAUCGGACUCGAGCACUAAAACAAGGCAAAAGAAUGUUGCUCAUUUAGUAUUCAAAACAAAUCUUGUGAUGCCAUAAUUUAUCCUAGGGGCCCUCUGGGUAAAAAUGCCAAUUUCAUGUCAUGAGUAAUUGCCUCUGUUCUCUGGAAGCCAUCUGAUCGUAUGCAUCUAAAACAAAUGACUGCUGUCCUUCUCAGGGAAGAUAAUAAAAUGAAGUGACAAUUGUUUA